GCUGACGCCAUACUCUACUAGCUGCCGUAGUGACGCAUUUUUUGGAGAAGACUGAAUGACCAGCUGAUCAGGUCCCGCUUUAGUCUCCUAAUUCUGCUGUCAUUAGUCAUCCCUCCGCAUGUCACUACCAUACCAUUGGUGCCACGAGAAAGUUGUAUGAGAUGCCUUGGCCUGCCUAGAAUUAUUCACUGCGUCGGCAUUCAAGGCAGAUUGAAGCACGCUGAACUAUCCAGCCGCCUUAUUCCUUCCUCCGUUCCUCCCGUCGUUAAAUCCACGCACCCGCCAACCCUCCAGCUUGCCAUCGCUCCACCCGUUACCAUGAGCCGCUCCCCGCGUCCCCGUCUUUCCCCAUUCCACACUCUCUCGCCUCUCCCCCACUCCUCUCCCCUCCCCACCCUCCUCCUCCUCCUCCUCCUCUCCCUCCACGCGUCGCUCCUCCGCGCGCCGUCGCUCGCGCUCGCGCUGUCGCAGGACGCCAUCGGGAGCAUCCUCGCCGACGGCAUCUCGUUCGACGGGAUCGGGCCGGGUGAGGACUUCGGCGACUACGAGGAGCGCUAUGGCGUGAGCGACGAGGACGAGUAUAACGCGGACGCGGGGGACAGCGGGCUGAUGGGCGUGGAGGGGGUGUCGAGCGAGUGGGACGACGAGCAGCCGGAGGCGCCGAUGGCGGGCGUGCUGGACGUUGACGAUGUCACACUGCCUAAGGUGGCGGAUGGCCGGAGCAAGCUGCUGCUGCUCUUCUACGCGCCGUGGGACAGAUUCAGCAAGGAGAUGGUGCCCAUCUACAAGGACGUCGCCAGGUCGCUGGCGUCUCACACCGACGUGCUGCUCGCUAAGGUGGAUGGCGAUAGGUACUGGAAGCUCUCGUCUCGAUACGACGCUGCCUCCUACCCUCACCUGGUGUACUUUGACAAGGACAACAAGCUUGGAAUCAGCUAUGAGGGUGAGAGGACGGCACAGGCUCUAGUGAGCUACAUGCUUCACGGCGAGCGGCGUGGCCCUCGGCUGCCAGCCAUACAGGCAGCGGUGGAGGCGUUUAAGGCGGGGAGCAGUGGGGAGCAGCAGGAAGCAGCCAUGGCACAGGCAGAAGCACUCGUGGCAGGGAUGAGCGCAACAGACAAGGAUGUGGGUCAGCUGUACAUCAAGGCCAUGAAGGCAGCACUUGCAUACGGGGAAGAGUUUCUGCGAAAGGAGGCGCGUCGGCUGGAGAGCUCGUUGGAAGGAGGUGGCUUGCCUCCCUCGACCUACACCAAGUUUCGCCAGCAGAUCGACAUUGCCAAGGAGUUGGAUCCAUCAGUCACAAACGAAUAGCAUGCGCCCAUGUUGAGCAAAUGAUGUCUGGAUAGUACAUAGACCACCUCCCAUUGGGUGAUUUGGGUUACUGUAUAUGCAUUUCAUGUGUGUGACUGCUAGACUUCGGGAAGACAACAUGAUAAUAAUGCGUUAUAUGACCAGUAGGCACGCCAGUCCCCGUGAAAGGAACGACCAUUCAUGACAUGUGCGAAUGAGUGAGUUCCAAUAAUUUAUGUAAUGGGCA